AUGCCAACACCACACGAGAUUCUGGGCAUCGGCUCAGACGCCACAGAAGCUGCUAUCAAAGCAGCAUACAGAAAACUGGUCCUGCAGUAUCAUCCAGACAAGAAUCCUGAGGAUCCGGAAGUUGCCGCCGAGAAGUUCAAAGAAGUUCAGAAGGCCUACGAGAGGUUGACGGACCCAGAGGCGGCUGAAGAAUACCGUAAGGAGCAGAAGAGAGAAGCCAAAGCUGAAGCCAAGGCUGCUCGUGCCCGCAGACAUAGCGCUCCUGCGACACCAUCUGACCCAAAGCGGGAAGACCCUGGGCGCCAGCACCAGCAGCAGAAGGAGCAACCUUAUGAUCACCGGCGCAAUCGCAAUGCUGACGCUCCCCAGAACCACAAACAUGUCGACAAGCCCCAAGAGCGCGCUUACCGCGCGGCUGCGGACGAAGAAAGGCGUGACGCUCGGAGGGCUAGAGAGCAGGCUAAUGAUGACUUGCAUCGUGCCACAAAGGAGGCGGCGGAGCGGGUGCGUCGUGCUGCUGCUGCCCAGCAUCGCGAUGCGCAAGGGCGGCGAGCUGGUGACGAGCGGGACCAGCCUCGUCGGAGCCGGACCCCACCUCCGCGUCGACGCAAUGGACAAGCUGGCCGACGAGGCAGUGACAGGUCUCCCUCUCCCGAACGAGCCCGUAGCCCAUCGGCCCGCCGUCCGAAACCAAACCCAAGCCACCGAGCGCGCACACCUUCACCCGCGGCGCACCAACACCAACGCCCUGAAUCGGCGCAUCCACCACCUCUCUCCCCCAGAGCCAAGCGUAGAUCCCCCAGUCCACAUCCCCACCGCGACGCCAACUCCGCCCUGUCCCACCUCACCCGCGCCCAGACCCACUCAACAACACUCACCACCUCCCUCACCGCCCUGCAAGACCUCCUCCUCACCACGCUGCACUACACGCCCACGCACCCCCGCCUGGGCCUCGUAACUGGCACCCUCUCCGACCUCUCCACUUUAAGCGCGCGCGUCACGCAGCUCGAGCAGCGCGUCAUGCGCCUGCAGCAGCAGCAGGCCUUCCUCGCCAGGGAAGACACCCGAGCGCUAGAAGCCGCGGGGCGCGAGGCCCAAGCUGUGGAGGUCACGAUUGGCGUGGCGGCGGAGCGAGUGAAGCGCGUGGUCGACGACGUGCUGUCGCGCGAGCAGGGGCGGGCGUGGGACGUCAAGCGUGACUGGGCGGUCGAGGUGCGGAGCAGGGUGUGGAGUGGCGUGGAGGAGCUGAGGGAGCAGGUGCAGGAGCUGCUGGUGCUGAAGCUGAAUGUGAAGUCCAAGCCCGAGCUCAAGCUUGGCAUCGUUGGGGGUGGUGCUGCUGCUGCUGCUGCUGCUGCUGAGGCGGAGAGGAUGCGCGAGCAAGUGGAGCGGGAGAGGAGGUGCCUGGAGAGGGAUCUUAGGGAGAGGGAGCGAGAGGUGGCAAGGCAGAGGAGGGAUGUGCGGCGCUUGAGGUGUGAUGCUGAGAGAGGGAGGAGGGAGUGGGAGAGGGAGCGGGAGCGGGAGCGGGAGCGUCGGCGCCGGGAUCAUCAUCAUUCGCAUGUGAGGGUCGUCCGUGAGUACCAUGAGUACCGGUGA